AAAAAACACCUUUAGCCUUUUACCUGCAUUAUUUUUUAAGCGAGUUUAUGUGCUUUUAUUUUGUAGUGGGUAGAACUCUUCUUUCCGGUUUUAGUCGCGCUUAUUUCCUCCCUUUACUACCCUGCGGUGCCAACGAGUCGAUUACCAAAUCAUCGAACGUUUCCACAGACAACAACAAACUCGACAGAGUAAACUUAGAUCGAUAAUUAUUCUAAAGACAGAACUCCUUCACAAUGUACGUUUAUUUAUAUUCGUGAAAAGCAUAAAACGGAAUAAGAACAGUUUGUUAGAAGACACGUUAGUCCAGAAGGCGGAGCCAAAGAAGAAAAAGAAGUAGAAGAAGAAGUUUCUCCAGGGCGUCCUGUGGAUUACCGAGCAGCAGAUCGGGGAAGUUUCUCGUCGAAUCGCUACAUGUUGAUGUUCGGUUCUCGUCGGUUCUCCGUGUUUUAGGGAGAUUUGCAGGUGAAGCUAAAGCUACACACUGUUUCCAGCGAGCUGGCUAACAGAUAAGCUAACGGCUAAGCUACCUAGCUUUUCCUCGGGGAUGUUCGGUUGUCUGGUCGCCGGUAGGUUGGUGCAGACCGACGCGGUGCAGGUCGCCUCGGACAAGUUCGUGUUCAACCUCCCGGACUAUGAGGCCGUGAACCACGUGGUGGUGUUCAUGCUGGGGACGGUCCCGUUCCCACCGGGGACCGGGGGCGCGGUUUACUUCUCCUUCCCGGACCCGGUGAACGGAGCCGCCGUGUGGCAGCUGCUCGGCUUCAUCACCAACGACAAACCCAGCGCCAUCUUCAAGAUCUCCGGGCUGAAGGCCGGCGCCACCGCGGGGGCCGGGCCGCACCCCUUCGGCUCCCUGGCCGCCUCCUCCUCCGCCUCCGUGGCCCAGGUCGGGGUCUCCGUGGAGCCUCUGGAGCAGCUGGCCCAGCAGAUCCCGGUGUCCAGCGCCGCCGUGUCCACCGUGGACUCCUUCCUGCAGUUCACGCAGAAGAUGCUCGAGAAUUUCUACAACUUCGCGUCGUCGUUCGCCGUCACGCAGGAGCGGAUGACGCCGAACCCCACGGAGACGUUCAUCCCGUCCAGCUGCGUCCUGCGCUGGUACGAGAGCUUCCAGAGGAGGAUGGCGCAGAACCCGAACUUCUGGAAGAACUGACGAGUCCCGGUUUCCACCCGAGUUCCUGCGGGGACAAUCCACGCGUCCUGCAGCCGGACACGCGCGUCGUGUCUGAGCGGGACAGUCCACGUCCUCCAGAGGUCACGACACAUCUGUGGAGUCCAGAAAAAGUUGCAAAAAGAUCCGAACACAUCUGAGAUAAAACUGAAUAAAACGAACCCCCCAUUAAAUAUGAAACUAGAACUGAACGUUCAGCGUCAACACAUUUAACCUGAACCUGAUCCUGAUUCUUUACAUAAUGAUCUCGGUUGUUAUAAGUUACAUUUAUUGACUGGUACAUAAUGAACCGGUGAGUGUAUAAUUCAAUCCACGCGCAGAGACACAUCAGUGGGACAGUCCACGUCCUCCAGGAGACAGACACAUCUGAGUUUCUAUCCUUAGUUUUCAGCUCUAAGAUGAAAUGGAACGAAACAAACACUCCCCUUAAAAACUAAAAUAAUCAUCAGUAUUUUUCUUUUCUCCUGAGCUUUAACACAUUUAAACAUUUUCCUCUUUUAAAGUUUUUUUUCAGACCACGAGAAGCUUCAGAAACGGUCUGAAAAAAAAUAAAUGAAUAAAUAAAUCAGGAGAGUGAGAGUAAAAAUGUGUGUUUUGCAGCUCUUUCUGUCAGCUGUUAUUCACUUAACAGCCCCAAGGCCUCAUGGGAGGUGUAGUUGUUUCAGCUUGAAGUGAUGUUUUCAAAGAAAGAUUUUUUUAUUGUUGUUUUUAUUAAUAUUGGUUCUUCUGAACAGUUUCCUGACUUUUUGUUCCAUGUGCCAAACUUGAGUUUGUUGUGAGAUAAAUAAAAGUUUUAAAUUUAAUAUAAAUAA